CGGGGCGACAGAGGAGAGAGGAAGUAGCUUUGAGCAACGGUUGUGAACUAACGUGUAUUAACACCUUAAAACCUGCCUAAACAUGAAUAAACAUUUACUUUAAACAAAUAACGACUUUAUUAGCAGUGAGUCUGGAGACAUGUACGAGGAUGACAGGCUGCUCUGUGUACUUUGUCAGCGGUCCGAACAGACGAAGAUCACAGGAGCGUUAUCCUCCAAAGAUGACGUCACGGCCCACCAGAACUGUUUGUUGUUUUCCUCUGCACUCUUUUGUCGCAACACUCCGCAGUUCGACGAUCUGUUUGGUUUCUCUGUGGAUGAUGUGUUGAGCGAGGUGAAACGAGGACGACAACUGAUCUGUAACAAAUGUAAGAAGAGGGGAGCCACGGCUGGGUGUGAAGUCGGACGCUGCAAGAAGUCCUACCACUACCCGUGUGCUGUGGAAGAAAGGGCCAAGAUCGUUGAGGAUAUAACAAAGGAGGAAUAUGUGCUGUACUGCUACAAACACUAUCCAAAAACACAAGAAAACAACCCCUCCGAAAAUGAACGUCUCUCUUUAUCCAGAGCUUACAGAAAUCCUGAAGAAGCUGGAACAUCUAAGGUUUAUUGCCUUACCUGUGAGAAGUCAGAAGGAAACAUCAGCUUGGAAAGUUUGUCUUAUAGCGUUGUUAUGUCAUAUUGUGACAAACAUGCUCCUGGUUCACACAAGAAGAAUGCCAGUGGUGACUCUACUGACCAGCGGCCGACUGUGUACAGCAGUGACUCAAACUCAUCCAGCAGUAGGAAGCCUUCAUCUAUCAAGAGACGGUUGAGUUUCACAGACAAACAGAACGGGACCCCUUCUAAACGUAGUUCUAAAGUCUCAUGGGCUUCACUGCGGGAUGAUUCUUCAAAUUCAGGCAAUAAUGAACCGGAUUCAAUAACGGCCCCUUUAGAUACUGAUAUAGAUGAUAGUGAACACCUGGUUGGUGAGCCUCUCACGAGGAAACACAACGGGAGUCAUCGCCGAUCCACCUCAGAAGAUAAUCUGGAGGAAGAGAGCAGAGACGGAGCUUCAGAUGACGAUGAAACAAUCAAUUCAGAGACUGAGUCAGAGAGUCUGCUGCCUCCUUUCUCUCAGGCUGACUUCUCCACUCAGACGUCUCCGGUGUUCCCUCCCAGUGAAGUUCUGUGUAAGACGGAGACACAGACAGACGAUGGAGGUACAUUUUCACACCACGAUGAGAUGUACUUAGUGUUAGGAAGUCUGCACAUGAAUCAAGAACAGGAGUUGUGUCCUGAGGGAAGUCCUGUCCACAGUCCAUCUGAUCCACACAGCGCUGGACCCUGGGCCAUCUUUCCCUCCACUUCCUGUUCCUCUCCCGUGGCCCCUCCCUCUCCCGUGGCCCCGCCCCCAGACCCCUCCCCCAGCGGGGCCUCCAGCAGGUUCUGGAGGAGCUGUAACGCUGCCGGCUGCACGCAGAACAUCUUCAGAGGUUUCUAUAAGGAGAUGAGCGACGUCUCCGACAGGAUUCAGGCAGAGCAGGCCAGCCAGGAGGAUUAUGAUCUGGCGUUAACAGUAAUGAGGGCUUCUGGGAAACUGUUAGAGCUUGUGGGCAAUCAGCAGGAAGAGUUACAAGGGAAGCAGAGGGAGCUUCAGGAGGCAGCGGCAGCGAUGGAGGAGGCCGUCUCAGCGCUGAAGAGAGAUGAGGAGCAGCUGCUGUAAAACGCAUCACAGUUUACUGUAGACCAGUGGUUUUCAACCUGUGGUACGGGUACCACUGGUGGUACGCCAGCUCCCGCUAGUGGUACACGGAGGAAUCUGAAAUAAAAAAAUUAUUUAUUC